AGCAGGCGCGGAGCAUCGAGCGCAGGCCGCGCCGGCCGGACGGGAACAGCGCCGGGCGCGGGCCGCCUCCUCCGAGCCGCCUGCGCGCGGGCUGAGUCCCUUGGCCGCCACCGGCGGGGCAUGAGCGCGGAGGGGCCGCGGCCGCCCCCCGCGCCGCCCAGGCCGUGACCGGGCGGGGGGCGGCUGCACUAGCGCCCGCAGCCCAGGGGCUCGCGGAGCCUGGAGCGAUAACCAUGGACUGCAGCCUAUUGAGGACGCUCGUGCGCAGAUACUGUGCAGGAGAAGAGAACUGGGUGGACAGUCGGACCAUCUACGUGGGACACAAGGAGCCCCCUCCGGGUGCAGAGGCCUACAUUCCACAGAGAUACCCCGACAAUAGAAUCGUCUCCUCCAAGUACACGUUCUGGAACUUCAUACCCAAGAACUUAUUUGAACAGUUCAGAAGAAUAGCCAACUUUUAUUUUCUCAUCAUCUUCCUGGUACAGUUGAUCAUCGACACACCCACAAGUCCAGUGACGAGCGGGCUCCCACUCUUCUUCGUCAUCACUGUCACAGCCAUCAAGCAGGGUUAUGAAGACUGGCUUCGCCACAAGGCUGACAACGCCAUGAACCAGUGUCCUGUGCACUUUAUUCAGCAUGGCAAGCUGGUCCGGAAGCAGAGUCGGAAGCUGAGAGUUGGGGACAUUGUCAUGGUGAAGGAAGAUGAGACCUUUCCCUGUGACCUGAUCUUUCUCUCCAGCAACCGGGCAGAUGGGACAUGUCAUGUCACCACAGCCAGCUUAGACGGAGAGUCAAGCCAUAAAACUCACUACGCAGUGCAGGAUACCAAGGGCUUCCACACAGAGGCGGAUGUUGACAGCUUGCAUGCCACCAUCGAGUGUGAACAGCCACAGCCUGACCUCUACAAGUUUGUGGGGCGCAUCAAUGUUUACAACGACCUGAGUGACCCCAUAGUGAGGCCAUUGGGAUCAGAAAACCUGCUUCUCAGAGGAGCCACACUCAAAAACACUGAGAAGAUCUUUGGGGUGGCUAUCUACACAGGCAUGGAGACCAAGAUGGCCCUGAACUAUCAAUCCAAGUCCCAGAAGAGAUCUGCUGUGGAAAAGUCAAUGAACACAUUCCUGAUCGUGUACCUCUGCAUCCUGGUGAGCAAGGCCCUGAUCAACACAGUACUGAAGUACGUGUGGCAGAGUGAGCCCUUCCGAGAUGAGCCGUGGUACAACCAGAAGACCGAGUCAGAGCGCCAGAGGAAUCUGUUCCUCAGGGCCUUCACUGAUUUCCUGGCCUUCAUGGUCCUCUUCAAUUACAUCAUCCCAGUAUCCAUGUACGUCACCGUGGAGAUGCAGAAGUUCCUUGGCUCCUACUUUAUCACCUGGGAUGAAGACAUGUUUGAUGAGGAAAUGGGAGAAGGGCCUCUGGUCAACACAUCUGAUCUCAAUGAGGAGUUGGGACAGGUGGAGUACAUCUUCACUGACAAGACGGGCACCCUGACAGAGAACAACAUGGCCUUCAAGGAGUGCUGCAUCGAGGGCCACGUCUAUGUACCCCAUGUCAUCUGCAAUGGGCAGGUCCUUCCUGACUCUUCUGGCAUUGACAUGAUCGAUUCUUCUCCAGGUGUCUGUGGAAGGGAACGGGAGGAGCUGUUUUUCAGGGCUAUCUGCCUGUGCCACACUGUGCAAGUGAAAGAUGACCAUUGUGGGGACGAUGUCGAUGGUCCCCAGAAAUCUCCAGAUGCAAAGUCCUGUGUGUACAUAUCAUCCUCGCCUGAUGAGAUUGCACUGGUCGAAGGUGUGCAGAGGCUUGGUUUCACAUACCUGAGACUGAAGGACAAUUACAUGGAAAUACUGAACAGAGAGAAUGACAUAGAGAGAUUUGAAUUGCUGGAAGUGCUGACCUUUGACUCUGUGCGGAGGAGAAUGAGCGUGAUUGUGAAAUCUACUACAGGAGAAAUUUAUCUGUUUUGCAAAGGAGCAGAUUCUUCAAUAUUUCCCCGAGUGAUAGAAGGCAAAGUGGACCAGGUCCAGUCUAGAGUGGAGCGUAAUGCAGUGGAAGGGCUGCGAACCCUGUGUGUUGCCUACAAGAAGCUGGAGCCAGAACAGUAUGAAGAUGUUUGCCGACUGCUACAGGAUGCCAAAGUGGCGCUUCAGGAUCGGGAGAAGAAGCUGGCAGAAGCCUACGAGCAGAUAGAGAAGGACCUCAUUCUGCUUGGUGCUACAGCUGUCGAGGACCGGCUCCAGGAGAAAGCCGCUGACACAAUUGAGGCACUACAGAAGGCAGGUAUCAAGGUCUGGGUGCUCACCGGGGACAAGAUGGAGACAGCCGCAGCCACCUGCUACGCCUGCAAGUUGUUCCGCAGGGGCACCACGCUGCUGGAGCUGACCACCAAAAAGCUAGAGGAGCAGAGCCUGCACGACGUUCUCUUUGACCUGAGCAAGACUGUGCUGCGCUGCAGCGGGAGCCUGACCAGAGACUCCUUCUCAGGCCUCUCCACAGACAUGCAUGACUAUGGGUUAAUCAUCGAUGGAGCUGCACUGUCCUUGAUAAUGAAGCCCAGAGAGGAUGGGAGCUCCUCGGGCAACUACAGAGAGCUCUUCCUGGAGAUCUGCAGAAACUGCAGUGCGGUGCUGUGCUGCCGGAUGGCGCCCUUACAGAAGGCCCAGAUUGUUAAGUUAAUCAAAUUUUCAAAGGAGCAUCCUAUUACCUUAGCGAUUGGUGAUGGUGCAAAUGACGUCAGUAUGAUCCUGGAGGCCCACGUGGGCAUAGGCGUCAUCGGGAAGGAGGGUCGCCAGGCUGCAAGGAACAGCGACUAUGCAAUACCCAAGUUUAAACACUUGAAGAAGAUGCUUCUUGUUCAUGGGCAUUUUUAUUAUAUCAGGAUAUCUGAGCUUGUGCAAUACUUCUUUUAUAAGAAUGUCUGCUUCAUUUUUCCUCAGUUUUUGUACCAGUUCUUCUGCGGAUUUUCACAGCAGACUUUGUACGAUACUGCGUAUCUGACUCUCUACAACAUCAGCUUCACGUCCCUCCCGAUCCUCCUGUACAGCCUCAUGGAGCAGCACGUGGGCAUCGAUGUGCUCAAGAGAGACCCGUCCCUCUACAGAGACAUCGCCAAGAACGCGCUGCUGCGCUGGCGGGUGUUCAUUUACUGGACAUUUCUGGGCGUUUUUGACGCUUUGGUAUUUUUCUUUGGUGCUUAUUUCAUAUUUGAGAACACAACCGUGACCGUCAAUGGACAGAUGUUUGGGAACUGGACGUUUGGGACGCUGGUGUUCACUGUGAUGGUGGUUACAGUCACACUGAAGCUCGCACUGGACACACACUACUGGACCUGGAUAAACCACUUUGUCAUCUGGGGGUCACUGCUCUUCUACAUCGUCUUCUCCCUGCUCUGGGGAGGGAUUAUCUGGCCGUUCCUCAGUUACCAGCGGAUGUACUAUGUGUUCAUAUACAUGCUGUCCAGUGGGCCUGCCUGGUUGGGCAUCAUACUACUUGUCACGGUUGGCCUCCUCCCUGAUGUCCUCAAGAAGGUCUUGUGCAGGCAGCUGUGGCCCACAGCAACAGAGAGAACUCAGGCCAGGAACAAGUGCCUUUCUGUUGAGCAGCCCACCGUCUUUAUGCUUUCCCAGACCGCCAGUAGUCUGAGUUUCUGACCAACAGAACAUACAACUUCGGGACAGCAUUUCAGAAUUCACCCCUCUGGCCUCUUUGCAGAGCUGGGGUGUUCAGGGCACCAGACUCUUGGCUGCCCGAUGCAGCUCCCACUCUGGGAGAGUUGUGUGAUCUAGGUGGGAGAGUGAAGCGUAUCUGGGCUCCCUCCUCACCCAGGCCUUCCCCACAAGGCGAGGUAUGGGUGCUGUAGGUCCAGCCUGGAGACACCCACUUGAUGGACAGACAGCCCCUCUGCCCCAGCCUCUGAGAGCUCUGUUCUUGGGCACCUGUGUGUGCCUGCGCCUGUUCCACCCUUCAUCUUCAGGAAGGGGAGGGUGGGAUCACAAGUCGGCCACUCAGGCACAGCACGCUGCAGUCCAGACUGUGUGUGACCGGCAUCAUCUUCCUAGGCCUGGUCGGGCUGUGGAAAAGAACUUUGUGCUAGACCUCAUCUUAGGCACUACGGCUGUGAAGCCGGCCUUGCCAGCCUGUGUAUCCACCUGCUGCUGUCUGCAGCCUUGUGCACAGCACAUGCGCUCUGCCCAUUCUGUGUCCCGAUGUUCCUGACCACGUGUUUCCUGUGUAAACCAUGCACACUUCUCAUGAGAGAAGUGGCCAUGUCAGACACUGAGGGGUGUGUGUCUCCUGGACCUGUGGCCUCGCUGUGCUCAUGCUCGCUGUCCCCUCGCAAAGCCAUUUUCCUGGAUCAUGUCUGAGUCAGUUUGCUGAGAUACUGACCCUACACAUCAGAGCUUUUGAAGGUGUCAGCGUCCCCUUCCUGUCACCGGCUACCUGUGGAAGAUGACAUUUAUGUAUGUGAAUAAGUCACACUGUUAGCCAAGUCUCUCAGGAGUGAGGUGAUACCCACCACAUUCUGGAAUGAUGUCAGUUAACUUACUGGAAAACAUUUGUUUCUGGGGUGCUGAGAAAGGUGGAGGUUUGGGGCACCCAGGCAGGUAUUUAUCUCACUCAGAGGUGAGUCCCAAUACCCAAGCUGUCUGGGGCUAAUGCAGAUUCAUCCGGUCUAGUUUGCUGCUCAGCCUGCCUUGCACUGGGGCCACACAGAUUCCAUCCAGGGCUUCACUUGGAGUGGACAGGCCAUCGGAAGGCCACUGUACUGUGAAUCUCUGCUGCUGCCCGCACCAGCGUUUCUCUUCUCAGCAAAGCACCCGACAACACUUGUAACAGCCCUGACUCAGAAGAGUGUGGUGCAGCCUGUCAGAAAGUGCCAGGCAGAGCCUGGGAGAAAGCGGUACCCAUCCCUGGAGUCCUGUGGUGGCCCUGGAGCCAUGCUGAGGGUCUCUGGCACUUGAGAGCCUGUAUCCUGGGAAGCACAAAUUUUACAACAUGAUUACACAAGGUUCCCCUAUAAACCGUGUGCUUGACUUGGGGCCAGCCAACAGGAAGAGCUGUUGGGGGGGGGGGUGAGCAUAAACACCACACCAAAGAAGGGGAGGGGGUGGCCUUGAGCUUCAGACAGACAGAGGAUGUCCAGCUCUGCUGAGGGCUGUCUGCCUCCACCCACCCUCAUGCCCAUUCACCCACCUGUGUCGCCAUGUCAGAGGAUUGGAGCCCCAGGCCACACUGGCCCUUAGAUAGUAGUUUGUGCAUUUUUACAGCCCCUUCUAAGAACCCAGAUGGGUACAAAUAUAAUACCUGUGGGGAGGGGCAGAUUCUCUCUGUGUUUAGUUAACAGAUUAUUUGUAAUGUAUUUUUUUAGGGAUCUUAAAAUUACCUUUGCACUAAAGUAUUUUCAUAGCUGUUUCUAUACCUUAUUCAUUUGUUGAUGCACCUUCUGAUUUUUAAAUAUGUUUUUAAAGCUUUCACUUUUUAAGUUUAAGAAUUUUGGCCACUCUAAAUGCUGGUGAGCAUUUCAGCUGAGUGUUUCAGUGUCCGGCAGUGACCUCUCUGAUUCUCCUUUGUGCCUCUCUCUUUCUUGGUGUUUCCAGAGACUGACCAGCUGAGGGCAAACCAUUUCCUCUGCUUGCUUUGUCACAGUCCUUUGUCACUUCAUGGUUUCUAUUUUGUUUUUGUUUUUUAUUUCCAUCCUUCAGCCUUAAACACUUAAACAAUAUUCUUCCUGCAGGCUCAUUCUGUGACCCUCUCUGGGCGUGUGAGCACUCUCCUGCACUACCACCCCCAAUAGAUGCAGUUGAUGUAGGAACAUCCCAGACUGAAUGCACACUCCAGUGUCCUUUAAAAUUGUGCUUAGGAAAUUACCAAAUGAAGUUGCCUGAGAAUUUGAAGUAGACAAGGGCCCAAGUGAAAUGCAGAGACAGAAAGCAAACACGAGUGCAGAAGGUUGUCCACCUCACCUCACGGUGGCUGCUGUUUACUUUCCUUAAAGCAAGGAACUUCAACUCAAAUUAAGCAUCUUUUUUUCUUAAUUCAGUUGCAUAAGUGAACAUCUGUGGCUUACUACAUUGGCCCGAAUUCAUGGCUCCACCCCCUGCAAGUAGUUCACCUCACAUAUGUUCCAGGAGCCCUGGCUGCAUAUGUGUUCUCUGACUUUCUGCUCCACACAUUCAUGCCAUGUAUAAGCAUGUAUAAACAUGUACACAUGUGCAUUCUUCUUCAAGACCAUGUACCAGCCUGCUUUCUGACAGCCCUGUGCAGAGAUGUUGCCCUCUAGAACAUCAGGCUCCUUACACACACACACACACACACACACACACACACACACACACACACGCUUGGGCUGUGCUCACAUGGACACUGUGUGAGUGAGUGCUAUGCUGGACUGAGGUCUCCCCUCCCAGGGAAGUGUCCCUCUCAGUCAGGACCUUCCCUUGCUCCCUCAGUCCUGCAAGCAGGAUCCAGGCUAACCAGAGCUGCAUGCCAUCCUGAGUAGAGGUGCCCGACCCCUGCCACACACUAGCUAGGAAAACAUUCUGUUCCUAAAUCCCAGCAAUCCAUUCCCGAGUACAAGCAGACCAAAGGCCCCACCCAGGGGGAUGGCGCAGCCAAAGCUGGAACAGGGUCAUUUCUGAGUGUUCAUACUGAGCACACUUCCCAGGAUCAGCUGCUGAAUGUCCUGAGUGUGCCAUCACACUCACCCACCGUCCUGAGUGUGCUGUCACGGUCACCCACGUUGCUGAGCCUCACCCAGGUGUCUAGUGUUCUGGAGGAAGCUCCAGCCUGGGUCUCUGAACCCCUAAGUUCAAGGUGUAUCUGCACUGGUACUGGACUCGCCCAUUCAUUUAUUUCAUCUUAAUGUAGCUUAUUAGCCAUGCCAGAGAACAGCAGGACCUUGCAUUCUGCUUUUCUUUUGGAAGUUACCCAUCCAUGACUAAAACCAGGAAAACGUCACUUGGUGAAUGCAAUCUUUUUGUUUUAAAACCUAGAAGACAGGUGAAUGGAAAGGGGCGUGGUUCCGAUGCUAUGUCUGGACAAAGCUUUAAUGAAGACAUGUAUGUUGAAAGUAUUAUGAAAGUGUGAUUCUAAUUUUGCAGAGAAAUGUCUAUCAAUUUAUAUAGCUUUAUUUUUUACCUUAUCAAGAGAUAAAGAAUUUUAAUAUGCAUAUAUUGUCUGACUUAGAAUCAUGUGUGUCUGCAUUACCACUUAAAAUGUCCAUCUACUAUGUAAUGUAUGAAUAAGAGAGAAUCAAAGAUGUAUUUAACAUGAAUGGUUAUCUGUAGCUGUCACUGUCAUAAGUACUGGGAUUUAUUUUAAAUUAUCAAAUAUAGUAAGUACAUUAAACAUGUCAUUCUCCAACACUAAUGUUUAACUGAGAGCCCAGUAACCUGCUUUGAAAAAUUAAAUUGUGAAUUAAACCGGAUCAAACAUCUCA